GAAUCUAUUUGCUGUCAAUUAAUAAGAAAGCUAAUGAGAAAGCUUGACCUAUAAGAUUGAGAUCGCACAUGAGGAAGAUGCAUCAUUUGUCAUCUGAUACUACACAAUCCCAUAUUUCCCUUCUUUUCUUCUUUCUUGCAAUUUCAUCGAUGUGUCGAUUUCAAUGAUUCCAAUGAUUGGUAACAGGUGACUUGUCCCAUGAGUUAGUUAUAAGUUAGUCCGCAAGCCUGGCUCUCGAUUGCGCACCAACUCCUCCGUACCAAGUUACCAAGUCAAGUCCAUCCAUCGUACAACCUCCUACCAGCGACCUGCGCCGUGGGGAAUCCCUUUGGUUCCCGUUUCGUGAAAUCUCGACCAGGAUAAAUAUCGGGGACUUGAUUUCAAAAUGGGUCAAGCAUCAGAAGAAUCAGGGUCGGGUAUUUUACUAUUGGGAUCGACGGGGGUUUGGAUGGCAGGCUGAGGCAGAUUCUACUCCGUCUUUAAUAACACGCCCCUGCUUCUUUUCAAAUGACCAUCGAUAGCUCGUCAAAUUCUCUUCUCUUUUGGUCGUUUGCUAACUUUUAAGCGUUCUUCCCGAUCCCCAAGAUCCGAUGGAUCCCUUAGAAACACAUAAGGGGACCCUUUCUGUUUGGCCCAAGAACAGGAAAGCCUUCCCGGCAAUCUGAUCCGUUACAUUUCUCUCUAUCUUUGUAUCCAUCUAUCCAUUUUUUCCAUCUUUUGCAUCAAAUUUAACGGUACGAUAUCGCGCAAUUGAGUCUGUUACCCCUUCAUCUACCGCGAGACUGCACAGGGCCCACGACGUCCUCCAGGCCCAAGAUCAUUUCCAGACCCGGUUACUAAAGAUUAAUCAAGCUCUAUCAAGCUCCUGCAGUGGGAAGCUCUGUGAAGCAAGCAUGUUGCCAUCGCCGCUCUUGAGUCCUACGAUGUACGGACUCCCGAGGGGGUCUCUAGCUUUUGCCAGUAAUUAUUCGCCAAAGAACGGAUGAAACGUUUUCUAUCAUUCCUAUUGGCAGAGUGUCUAGCCCACAAUUCUCUCACGAUACCCAUUUGGAGUACAUUCCCAUUAUGCAAAGUGGAGUGGGGAGUCUAUACGCACGAAUUCAGCAUCUACCGAUUCUCAGAUUGGAAGAUCUCCCGAAGUUAAGUUUGACACUCGUUCAUGGAACUUGAUUCGUCAGAAGUAAGAUUGGUCAUCAAGAAGUGCUUUUACUUUCUGGGUUGGCACCAGUAAAUUAUUGCUGCACAAGAAAAGUGCGUGCAGCAAACAACUCUUCCGCAUUUAAGGGAAAACAAACAUCCGUAGGCCCCUUUCAUCGAAGCCCACACAUACACCUGAUCGAAAAAGUUAAAACUGAAUCUUAACGCGACGCAGGACGCUCUAGAUUCAACUUCUUCGUUCAUUUGAGACAGGCUAUCAAGAAGCCCCUCUUGCGCAAUGGACUCAUCAAGCUCGGAAGUUAUUGAUUUUGUAUCCUUGCCAAAACUUGAAUUACAUGCUCAUCUAAGUGGAAGUAUCAGUCGACAAUGUCUUCAUGAAGUAUGGCUUCAGAAAUGGGAGAGGGGCGAGACUACAAUGCAAGACCCAUUGGUCGAGAUGCCAGUUGGCAAAUUUGAUUAUGAUUCUGAGACAUUCUUUCCAUUAUUCUCCAAAUACAUCUACGCUCUCGUCAACGACCUUGCCUCCUUGAUCUAUACCACGAACUCCGUUCUAUCGGAUUUUCAAGCAGAUGGCGUUAUCUAUCUUGAACUCCGUACCACACCUCGAGCUAUCCCUUCCGCAGGUAUCACCAAAGAGAUCUACGUUCAAACAAUCCUCGACUGCAUUGCCCAACACAACACCGCCAAUGGUUCCAUGAAAACAAAUUUGAUUCUCUCUAUCGACCGCCGAAAUGAUGCUCAAACGGCUAUAGAUGUCGUGGAAUUAGCAUACAAAUACCACGGCAAAGGAGUCGUAGGAAUCGAUCUCUGUGGCGACCCAUCGGUAGGAGAUGUAUCCAUCUUCGAACCCGCUUUUCUCCUAGCUCAAAAACGCAACCUCAGAAUCACAAUCCAUUUCGCAGAAGUAGCGCAAGCGUCUACUAGCACGGAGCUAACAACACUUCUGUCGUAUAAACCAGAUAGGAUAGGACAUGUAAUCCACGUACCCGAAAAUCUCAAACCGGAAAUUGAAAAGAUGGGUGUAGGAUUGGAACUUUGUUUGAGUUGUAAUGUUCAUGCGAAAAUGAUCGUGGGCACGUAUGAAGAUCAUCAUUUUGGGGAGUGGUGGGGGAAAGGCGCGAAAGUGGUUUUGUGUACCGACGACGUGGGAGUCUUUGGAAGCAAACUUUCAGAUGAAUACGCACUUGUAGCAAAAUAUUUCCAUCUCGACAGAAGCGCGAUUUGUAAGCUUGCGAGAAGUGGGAUUGAUUCUAUUUUUGGUGGUGAGGGGGACAGAGAGAGGCUGAGGAGAGUUAUGUGGAUGGGGUAGUGGUGGAUCUUGUGUUUGUGUUUGUGAGUGGGAGUGAGGUCAAGAGAAGAUGCGGAUUGACAAGGGAAGGGGAUGAGAGAGAUGAUGUGGAUAUUGGGUUUUCGUGAGCUUGAGGUUGAGGUUGAGAUUGAGAUUGAGAUAGAGAUAGAAACAUGGAAUAUCGUUUCAUUUGUUGAAUUGCUUCGUUUUUCUUACUUUGGGGAGUUGAACCCGAAUAUCUCGAUACCACAUCGGCUUAUUCACAUAGAAAUGUAUAGAAUUUCUAGGAGCUUAGUAGAAAGACUGAGCUGUGGGGUA